UUGUCCUAAUGGGCUUUCCGUAGGUUCACUUUCCUUGUAUAUUCCUUCUUUUUGAAUUUCAAAACGUUCCAGCAAUUUCAUCAAACUUACUGGAGGUUUUUGAACUAUGAAUUUGCAGACUUUACACAAAACAUACCCGCUAUAAUUCGCAGGUGAAUAAUUUCAACAAGAGAGGAAAACAAAGUCCGCUUUAAGUGUUGUAGCUGAACGACAGCUAACUGCUACAUUAGCUAUUUAGCCAAUGCAACUGAGCCGGGAGAAAAGAAGUAAGAGUUUUAAUUAAAUUAAAUACAAAUAAAACCGUACUCCAAAGUCCAGAUGGCCUAAAUACAUAUGUGUUAAAAGCAGGAUGGGACACAGGUCAAACUACUCAGCAUCAGUUGUCAUCAUACUUUCUUUUUUAAUCUCUUUUUACAUCAUUCACUUAUUAGACCAACAUUUCACUCUGGUCAGGUCGAACUAUACCAAGAACAAUCCCGUCUUCAUCUAUGAAAGGCUUUCUGGACAAAAUCUAAUUGAUAUCAGAGAAAAUAAUCCAGUGAAUUCCAAAGACAGUAACAUUUACAGACAUCAGAAAUGCAGCUUGGAGCCAGAAUAUCGAUUUGACUGUGGCAGAGAUAGAGUUCUUGGCCAAAGCCAGUGUGAGGAUAGAGGUUGCUGUUAUGAUCCUCUGUCCAACUCUGCCGGACCACCGUGGUGCUUCUAUCCCACUUUUUAUCCUGGGUACAAAAUGGGGCCACUCACUCCUACAGAGCGAGGUCGGGCUGCAGUCCUGACCCGCUCCAAGCCGUUCUAUCUCCCCAGAGACAUUUCUACUCUUAGACUAGAAAUUGAAGAGAGGACCGCUGGUGUGUUGCACCUCACUCUGAAAGACCCUUCUGUGCAGCGAUAUGAGGUCGAACUCCCUGAUGAUGUUACUCAGAGCAGAGAUAAGAAGGACGUCCUCUACAUCACUGAGUUUAAGUCUGAUCCAUUUGGUUUCAUAGUGCGACGCAAAUCCAACGGAAAUGUGAUCGUGAACACCACUGUGGCUCCUCUGCUGUUUGCUGAUCAGUACCUGCAGCUGUCCACCACUCUGGCCUCUACUCUGGUGUCUGGCCUUGGGGAACACUACACCUCCCUGCUCUUGGACCUUAACUGGACUUCACUUACUUUGUGGAACAGAGACAUGGCACCUCAUGCUGAUGCUAACCUCUACGGCUCCCAUCCAUUCUACUUAGUUCAGGAAGGAGACGGGUCAGCACAUGGAGUUUUCCUGCUCAACAGCAAUGCAAUUGAGGUGGUACUUCAGCCGACCCCUGCUCUCACCUGGGUCUCCACUGGAGGAAUUCUGGACCUGUAUAUCAUUCUAGGUGCCGACCCCCAGAGUGUUGUACAACAGUACCUUCAGGUCAUUGGUUUUCCCAUGAUGCCACCUUAUUGGUCACUAGGAUUCCACCUGUGUCGCUGGGGUUACACGACCACCAACACAACCCGCUAUGUAGCGCAGCGCAUGCACGAUGCAGGCUUUCCCUUGGAUGUACAGUGGAACGACCUGGAUUAUGCAGACAAGCGCAGGAUUUUCACCUUUGACCCCCAGCGAUUUGGUGACCUCCCGGAGAUGGUGGAAGAGUUCCAUCAAAGAGGCCUGAAGUACAUCCUGAUUCUGGACCCUGGGAUCAGCAGCACCAGUCGUCCUGGUACUUACCCUCCUUUUGAUGAUGGCCUCAAACGAGACGUCUUUAUUAAAAAUGUAACUGGAGACAUUCUGAUUGGGAAGGUUUGGCCUGGACCAACAGCCUUCCCUGAUUUCACCAACCCAGAGGCUAUACAGUGGUGGGAAGACUGCAUCAGGAAUUUUUAUUCCAAAGUGCCGGUGGAUGGACUGUGGAUUGAUAUGAAUGAACCAUCCAGCUUUGUCCAGGGCUCAGUGGAGGGCUGUCCUGACACAGGUCUUGAGAACCCACCGUAUACACCUAGAGUAAUCGGAGGUCAGCUGAACUCAGGGACUCUCUGCAUGUCAGCUCAGCAGAAGCAGUCAACUCACUACAACCUGCACAAUAUGUAUGGACUGACAGAAGCGUUUGCCACCAACAGAGCUCUGAUGAAGAUUACAGGGAAGAGGCCCUUCGUUCUGUCCCGCUCCUCUUUCUCCGGCAUCGGACGUUUCUCUGCUGUGUGGACCGGUGAUGUCAGGAGUGACUGGGAGCAGCUCCGGUUCUCCAUCCCUGCUGUGCUGCAGUUCGGCCUGUUCGGUGUGCCUCUGGUCGGGGCAGACAUCUGUGGCUUUGGAGGCGACACGACUGAAGAGCUGUGUGUGCGAUGGAUGCAGCUUGGAGCCUUUUACCCAUUUAUGAGGAACCACAAUGACAGGCCUAAUGCUCCUCAGGAGCCGUACGUUUUUGGGCGUGAGGCUCAGGCUGCCAUGCGUAGUGUGUUGAAAGUUCGUUACUCCCUCCUCCCCUUUCUCUACACCCUCUUUCAUCACGCACACACCUCUGCGGACACUGUGGCCCGGCCUCUCUUCAUGGUAUUUCCCACAGACCCUGACUGUCAGACUAUAGACCGGCAAUUCUUGUGGGGGACCUCACUUCUAAUUAGCCCAGUAUUAGAGCAAGGGGCUGCACAGUUGAAUGCUUACCUGCCCAAAGGUACUUGGUACAACUUUUAUAACGGUGAACCCUUCUACAGUAAGGGUCAGUAUGUACUUCUACCUGCUCCUCUGGACACUAUUAAUGUACAUGUGAGAGAGGGACACAUUAUUCCUCAGCAGGAACCUGCCUUAACAACCACAGCCUCACGCAGAAACCCUUUCUUCCUGAUGGUGGCACUAUCAUCAGGCGGUCAGGCCUGGGGCGAUCUGUUUUGGGAUGAUGGGGAGAGUCUUGACACCUACGAAACAAGAAAUUACUGUCACGUCACUUUUGCAGCUGGACAGUCUCAGAUUGUGAGUGAUCCUCUGAAGCUGAACAAGGCCCUGGAUGGGCUGGUGCUGGGGGGGCUACGAGUGUUUGGGGUGCCUUCUGCUCCACACUGUGUUUUGGCCAAUAGGGUUAAAGUCAGGAAUUUCACGUACCGAAGUGACACCAAGGUUUUGACAGUAAGCAACCUAACCCUACCCAUGUCAAGAGCUUUUACAGUCCAAUGGAUUCUCUGAAUAACUAAACAUUAUUGUCUAUAGACUGGGAAUUGGAAAUGAGAAAAUAUUUAUUUUGUCCAUAUGUAUAUUAAUAUUUUAUGCGAACAAUGCUCAUAUCUACAAUAUAAUUCAUACAUACAAUUUUUUUAUUUUAUUUCAGCAGUACAACUAAGAGAAACGGAAUGUUUAGUCCAGAACUGUAAUCAUAAUAUCAUGAAAUUGAUAUGCAAUUAGCCUAAUUAGCAUGAUACCAAGAAAUGCAAUUUCUACCCCAUACAUGAAUUUAUAUUAGCUAACAAUUUGUGGAGGGAAACUGUUCCUUAAAGCUUAUGUAGUCGACAUAACGCUUAUCUAUAUGAAGGUUUCAAAACAAGAAAGACCAAAUACCUAAGCUACAUGUUAGCAUCAACUAAUAGUAAAUUAGUAAGAAAAAAACUGAGAAGGUAGCCUAAAAAGCGCGAAAUGUGUAUUGUAUCAUAAUCCAAAAAAAUUGGAUUAUAAUAAUUACAGCGAGUCUGUUGAGGAAAUGGAUUACCCGUGGUUAAAAUUAAAGUACAAUUUGUUAACGUCGUCAUUUUACAAUUAACAAUUCUAGAUGUGAGUUUUACUUUGAAAAGUUUGACCGGAAGUGCAGCUGAUGCUGUGGAGCAGCGGUGUCGGGCGUGUGUGUAGUGACUGUGGGAGAAGAGGUGGACACAGGGCUAAAAACACACAGGCAUCUAAACUAAACCCCGCCAGGAGACGUGAGACGUGCUGUUGUCCUGCGUCCCCGUGUGACCGGUGACAUGGAUGUCCGACGCGGGCUGUAGGCUCCUGCUGCGGGACUGAAGCUGGUGACAAGUGAACGUUAACGUGUUUCUAGAAACAUCUGUCAUGGCUGUCCUCUUCGUUAGCGAGCAGCUGCUGGGUUAAACAAACUUCUGAAGUGUACCUAGCCCAGGAUGUUGGCCCUUUUCAGAGGCAGCGGAACCAAAAUGAUGAGGGGGAUGUUCAGGGAGGAAAUGAAGGACUUCCAUGGCCAGUACCAUCACGGUAGAUGUUAGUGUCGGGCCUGAGUGUGUGUUUGUGUGCAGUGUAACGCUGCGGUGAUAAAAGCCUCUUCCAUCCUCCCCUCUGCACCUCCCGUCAGGCGGAUGCUGACUGUCAGACACAGGCAUGGGACAGAAUACGGUAUUACCGUGGUAUGAAGUAUCUCUUAAGAACUGGUGAUUUUUUUCCUUAUUUGACAUUGUGGUGUUGAAUUUUGAUGUAAUCUCCAAACUGCCUUAUAAUCAUAAUCAUCUUAUAAUGUUUCUGCUCUAAUAGUGUUAUGCUGAGAAACACUGUUUACUCUAAAAAAAUUGCCUCUACAUGGACAGAGGCGUCACACUAUUUCAUUUGUGAACUGUUGCCAAGAAAGUUUGAGCCAGUAAAAUAAGCCUACAUUAUUAUUUAUUUUAUAUUUAGAAGUCCAAACCAACAUGAACCACCUUCCAACAAGACAAUUCCUUCUUUUCACAGUACAGGUUUUACAACAAUAUAAUGACCCAUAUUGUACAAAACAGCUGUAAAUUGAUGUUUUUAAAUUAUUAGGUAUUCAAGUUCUUGGGCAGUGUUUUUAAAUGAAUUGUAUUCUUUUGGAAGUUUGAGUGACCCCCCGAUCCCCACCCUUCAACUUUACAAUUCAUGUAUUUCUGUACAGAUUUCAAAUGGCGUAAAUAGUGCAGUAUUCCCUCAACCAAAAUCAAACAAAUACAUGAUGUGUUUUCUUCAGUUACUUUUUUCAUAAAUUCUUGUUUUUCUAAGGUUUAGACCAACCUAUAUCACAGUCCAAAGAGAAUAGAACAAUAUCUUUUGUGUCAAUAGAGUCAGAUCCUGUGUAGAGAACCCUGUUUUUCAGGCUUUUUCCAUUUAGAUCGUUUUUCUUCUCACUCUGCCCCAGGCACAUAUACUUUAUUCUUUUUGACUUAAAGUAUACUUUACACUCUACAAGUGAGUGGGUGUUCUGUGUUGACUCAUCCAUUCAAAUAAUGGCUGACAACGAAAUUAAUGUUGCCCAGGGCUGAGAAACUAAGACCCUGAAAGUUUUUGUAGUUGUUUUUGAUACCUGCAACUUUAUUUUUACAAUGUAGGUUUUGUGCUCUUUUUUAAAAUCCGUUAAAUCCAUUAGUAUAAAAGAAUCAAUUUUCA